GAAGGUCGCUACAGAGUGUUCUGCGUUGCUGACCAGAAGCUCAUCUAACCCUGAGUGGGGACUACACAGACAAUCGCCCGCUGCAUAGUGGCACACACGCAGGCAUACAUCACCGCAAUAUCACCAGCAGCAAGGGCCCUACCUCACUAUCAUCCCUCCAUACAACUGAUGUGUACCUCGUCCAUCGCAAUAGCCACAGCUACCGACAGCCGCAGCAUCUUAUGCCUCAAACACUCUACCGCGCGUCCGUAAUCUAAACGAACUCAAUAAAUCCCCCCACCGCAUCAAAAAAAAGUCCGUCAACUCGAACUCUAUUGCAUCCCGAUCCCCAUCCUGUGCCACCCCGUGUCCAUCUCCCCGACGACGAAGAAAGCCAAAAGACGGGAUCUCAAGCGUCGUACCAAGCCCGGUAGGGACAAGGAAAAAAGGAAAACGUGACAAGUCACAGCACAGCUAUAAAGUGGCAACCGACUCUUUCACUAUCAUGACAUCAAGAUCAAGCGUGAACUCGAACCUCAUGCGUCGUCCACGAGCCAUGGGGGUUCUUUCCACGCUAUUAUUGCCUUGUAUCCAGGUGCGCAAGCUGAGACGGUCCAGACGCGCACGGGAUCAUCAUUCCUCGUGGUCUUGCGCAGGGAUUGCUGAGCUGGAGCAGCAGCAGCAGCACGACUCAAACUUGUCUGCUUCUGUUGGGGAUGAGAAGCAGGGUCGUCAGGGUGAAGCCUCUGACGAGGCGACGGAGUUGUCUGCCUUUUCGGAGAAAGAAACGAGACCACCACCUGCAGCAGCGACAACGAUCACUCAGACCACGUCUAUUCGUCUGGUGAGUUGCGCUGACUCGGAGUGUUCGACGCUGGGACCGGACGAUGCGCCGAUUCUGGAAGAAGAGGAGGAGAGAGAUAUGGAUCUCGCUGUGGCAAAGAGUCCUGAUUUGUUGUCCGAUGAGGAAACGGAUGUCGAACAGUCGAGUCCGGUGCUGGUACAGAAGGUCAUUGCCAUGGAGGUGGUGUCUUCUCGGCCUCCGUCACGGGCUGGUGGAGGCGGCGGUGAGAACUGCUUCCUCGCAGCCGCUGCUGUGAAGGCUAAGGCUCAGAGUAAAGAUGAUCUCGACCUGGAGCUGGCCAGUCGUCGUAUUCCCAGGAAUUCCGAUAGGCGGCCUAGACCGGCGAGCAUGGAGGUCCAGACCACCGGCGCCUUGAAGCUCCCGGAGAUCAAGAGCCGGAUCAUCGAGGAUAUUCCGGAGGGAGUGGAGGAUGACGAGGGGAGACAAGAUGAUGGCGUUAACGUUCGUCCGUUGAAACAGGCGGUCGCCUCGAAGAGGGCGACGCUGAAGGCGGAGACGGCCGUUGAGGGCGAAGAAGAUGACAACACCAACAAGAAUCAGAAACGGUCCUCGACAUGGCGACUCAGUCAACGCAAGUCAAUGGUCGAGCUCUUCAACCUGCUCCAGUCCACAGCAGCAGCCGUCGCAGCGGCACCGAAGCUGUCGAAUCUCAAAGUGCCCCUCGCGCCGAAGUCGUCGCCCUACCGUUCGUCAACCACUGCUGUGGUUGAUUCGCCUUCAUCCGUAUACUCCAGACCAUGUUCCUCGGCGCCACCUCCUCCGACGACACCGAGGAAGCGGACCAAGCUACCUUCACCACCCCCUCCGACCCCUCCUCCCAAGUCCCCAAACCAGAUCAUCCGACGGCCGCUCCCCCAGACGCCCCAGCGCAAGCACAACAGCGUGCAAUACCCAGCAGAGCACGUCUCCACGACGCCAUCCAGCCCGAGCCCAAGUCCCACCAAGAAACAACGCCGAAUGGGCACCGUCCUCUUUCCUCUGGGCUCCCUACACCACAGCGGCACAGGCGCAGGCGCGCCGACAAGCCCUCACCACCCUCACCCUCCCUCUCACUCUCACUCUCAUCCUCAAUCUCAAUCUCAUAUCCAUUCUCCAAACAAUGCACAGACUCUUUUUUGCUAGCCACGGAGUUCGGGGUACCGGCACAGGGGUUAUCUUUUGUUGGUGUCUAUGGUCCAUUUCGGGGGGGUUGGUAGCCAUGUUGAGAUCGUUCUUCUUGUGAGAGAAGAUCCGUCGAUUUCGUUCUCGUCCUGUAAACAACCACCCUUUCCCCCCAACCAUCUCCCCCCUUUGUCUCACUUCUCUUCUUCAUGUGUAUUCUUCUUUGCAGUCAUCUCUCCCUUCGUGCGUAGGGGGUAGAUUGGCUUUGUUUUCGGCUUGAUCUGGAAUCUGGGAUUUCGCUUUUGGGAUUGUUUUCGCUGUGGGGAUUUUCAGGUUCUUUCUUUUGUGUGGGAGUGUGAUCCGGGGAUGAGAAUUAAUGUACUAAAUUACUAACUAACUAACUAUCACACUACAGCUAUCUUCCCUCGGUGUCAAUGUGUGUGUGAGCUGGGACGAUCCGCGAG